GUGUUCCUUUGCAUGUCGCGCAAUUUUUUUUUCCUUUUCAAAUAUAAAUAUCUAAACGAAGCGCAAAAACUCGUGGAUGUGCAUGCAUACAAUCAUGUCGACGCACGUACGCACGUACUUCUUGUACUCCACUUCGUACGUCGCAUCGUCGUCGCGUGAUCAAGUGAUCUUUGGAUAUUUAAGUUCGUCUCGAAAGAUUUGCUCAACCGUGCAGGCUACAGAUAUCGCAAGUUUUGUCUUCAAUUACUUAAACACCGAUAAAUGCAUCUCUCUGCCGGACUGAUUGACCUCUGAGCUGAUCGAAUUCUUCGCGCUCACCUCUCUUCUCAUCGUUGCAAUUUUGGAACUUGAUGUGAAUAAUUCAAGACUGAUUCAAUCAUUACCUUUCAAAGAGUCUAAUUUCUUUAACUAGCUGAGCACUUAUGAAUAAACGAAUUGCUUCCAUUAAAAAAUUGGAUGCAAAUAGAAUAUCGAGGAUCUUUGGAAAGAAGAAAUUCCCUCUCAGUUCCUGAAACCACCUCCAGAAGUCAAUAAAGGACACCUUCUCGCUGUCAUCAACAAUCUUGAAAGAAUCACUGGAUAUCGCUGAGUACAUAUCACGAUCUCUACCCUAAAAAUUUCGAAAGAGAAGGGAGAAAGCUUCAAUCUAAAACAUUCUCAAACUGAGAAGCUGCGAAUGUGUGGAGAGAGAGGAAAAGAUGAUUCGUUUCGCAAGCUGGACAUCGGGUAGAUGAUACUUCAAGAAUGAGACGAAAGGAGGAGUUUUAAGAUCCGAAAAUGGAUUGGCUGCCUCUGCUCAGGUAGCCAAAAACGACACAGAAAAGGAAGAAGCGGGGAUAGGGAAAAUAACUUGAUAAUUUAUGUACCUGUGUACAUAUCAUCUCUUGCACUUGUACAGCGAAAAAGUGAUAGGCCGAAAACAAUCAAAACUAUUUUAUAGAAAGACUGAAUGUAAGGAUUGUGUAAUGGUCACAUAUCCAUGUCAAUACUCCUCUUUGUGGAAUCCGUUGGAUUGCAUAAAUGUGCUUUAUGAAGGUGUGCAUACCUAUCUUACGGAAAUGAUGCUGGAAGACGUCUUCGCCGAGAGUGCAUCCCCUCUAAAUGAUACCUGUUGCCGGAAGACAUUAUACCUAUAUAAUACAUAUACAAAUAAAUGCAGAUAAAUACAUAUAAAUAAUCUUCAUAUCACAUGCAUAUGUAUACAUAUGCAUACUAAAGCAUCCAAAUCGAUAUUUAUAUACAAGCAUUUAAUCCCCGUGAAUAUUUUUCAAGAAGGUUAUUCUCUCUCUCUUCCUCCCUCGCUUUCUCUCUCUCUUUGAAUGUUAUAUGAGUGGUGGAAAAUCUGAAUCUGAUCUGCACAGGGGAGAACAAAGGAAGAAAAAGUAUUUUUGAAGCUUUCAUUGAAAGUGUGAUUAUUUUCGGUAUUUGUUUAAUAAAUGAGAUGUAAAAGGGAAAAUGAAAAUGUGAAAAAGUAGAGUUGCAGUCGUGUUUGUGCGUGCCGGUAACUGGUUCUGUGAAGAGCAAAAAGCUUCCUUAAUCGGACAGAAUGGGUUGUGGGCAGAGCAAGAUUGGUAACAUCUAUCCAAAGAAUAAGAAGAACAAAAAUACCUCCAAGAAGAAUGUCGACACCAUACGAUCUGCGUCAAUCGAGCAGAAAAACGGAAAUGGCAACGCCAAGGGUAACAAGACGAACAAUAAUGGGGCCGAGGUUAAUAGAAACGAGGACCAAAAUGGUUCUGUCGACAAAUCGCAGGCAAAGAAGAAGCCAGGAACACCUGGAAGUGGUCCUUUGCUGCAACAGGCAGAAAUAUCCUCCAGUCAACUGGACUUCUUCAAGAUGCUUGACGAAAAAAUAGAAAAUGGGCCAGAUUAUGACGAGAGUCUUGACGCAUCAGCAAGAGCAGAUCGCAUAACCGGGUUGUUACAUCGCUGGGAACUCGCUAGUAUGUCGUGGUCAAACCUCGCCGACUUAAAGAACGUGUCAUCUUCAACAAUCAAGAAUCACGCCAGUGUCAUGUACACAUCGCGACAAAGUCUGAGUGCCAAGGACCGUGAGGGUAUGCGGAACAUCAUUGGGGGUAGGCCAGAGAGUGCUCCAGUUUACAUGACAGCAAACCGAGUGGAUGGUCUUGAAGAGAACUGUACUCCAUCACCAAUCAUGCCUCGUCACGUCUUGGAGUCCAUCAGUCAGAGUCCAACCCAGAGUUUGAAAAGCGUCACACCACCUGGAAUGUCUCCAACGAAACAGCGCUACCAAGACUACAGAGACUGCAACACCAGCCAAGUUACCAAAGUCACCAAAGCUCAGUACUCGCAUGUCCAGAGUCCUCUUAAUGGAGAUUACAUGACCCAGCAAAACCUCUACAGGGAGCAGUACCUCCAGCAGACUGGAAUGCUUGCCAUUCCACCACCCUACACAGUCGGCUCGCCAGGCGGAAACGCUCUUAAGAACAACCCCUAUGUCCAGCAAUUCCAGAUAGCCGGCUCGCAACACUUUCCUGCACCGAGAAAAAGGGACUUCAACGCGGCUCAAAUGACGUGACCAGCGCGGGCCAGAACCAUGCGAUAAGACUGAACUCUGAACAAGCUCGAGGACUUCCAGUCCUCUAGGAUCUCCGACGAACAGCUGCCGAAAGGACCUGUGAAAGGGAAAGAGUGUACGAGAGAGGGAGGAGCGACGUGAUUACUCAGCAAUCCUGAGAUUCCAAUCUUUCUAAGGAUAGCGAGCCGACGAGAAGAAUAAAAGAAGAGAAGAAGGGGCUGGCUGAAAUCUAGAGAGAGGUGCGAGGAAGGCCUAAGGCAUAUACAUACGUAAAUUCACUCCGGAUGGAGAGACGGAUUGAGAGUCUGGAGCGACUUGUUGUGAAACUUUUUAAAUAUAUUAGGACAGGGUGUCGGUUAGGAAGGAACAGGGGAGAUUGGAAAUAUAAAUUGUAAGGGUGGAAAAAAUUAAUUUAUGAAAAAGCGAGUUUAUGAUUUUUCAAGUUAGGCCAAAUUGAGUUAAAUAACUCGUAAGAGUCCCGAUGGCUUAGGCGACAGUGGUGGUAAGGGAAAUUUUCUAUGUACUUCUCCCGAGGCCAGGAGUAUAAAUUAAAACAUGCAUUUAUAAAUACGUAUGCUUAAAGAACUCGAGCUGGCUCACAUUGCUAGCUAGCAUGACACUGACUUAAAAACUUAAUUUUAAAUUGAAAGCAUCAUAGAGCGCUUGAAAUUUAAGACUUUUAAAUUACAAUUCUUCAUGUAGUUAAUUCUUAAAUAACUUUAAAUUGAAGAUGCUAAAAAUCUAAUAAUUUCGGAUUUAUACUUUAGUGGGACAAUUUUGAACUAGUGGCCUGUGAAAUUGAUUAAUUUUGAAAUUAAUCUUUGAAAAUUAUACAAUUUUAUUUUAAACUGGAACAAUUUUGAAUUUUAAAAGCGUUGAAAUUAGAAAAAUUGUGAGAUUGUAAAAUUCAACAUUUUUCGUUUCAAAUUAAAACCAUUCCCAAUUGUACGGUUUAAGAAUGAAUUUCGAUUGAUACUUAAAUAUUUACAUUCAAGAACAUGGAAUUUCGUGAGAUUGCAAUGCAUUUAUCGAAUAAUGUGCAGACUGACAGCUUAGAAGUUUUCUAAAAGAUGCAUUGCAAACUCUGCUUUGAAAUCUAAAUUGUUCAAACUUAUACAAUUCUCAAUUGAAAACCCUACUAGCUAAAUAAUUAAAUUGAUAAUGUUCAGAAUUGAUUAAUUUAAGUAUUUUUAAUCUGAAUAUUGUCUAAUUUCUAAAUCUACGAAUUUACACUAUACUUACUGAGCAUUUCUGUUCAGUUUUCAAUUUGUUACGCUUCAACUUAAAAUUAUUCCACAUUUGAUUCCGUUAUUUGGCGAGUUUUUUUUUAAUAUCUCAAAUUAUACAUUGUAUAGUUUCGAAGGUUUUAAUUAUGAAAACAACCGGAAGAAAUUGGUGACCCCGGAAGUUUUAAUUAUGUCUUGAGUAGAAACCCUAUAAGUUUUAGGAAAACCCUGUUUAAUUAACUUAAACUCAUGAAGAUUAAACUUGAUUCAUUGAAAUUUGAAAUAAUUAGAGUCUUUUAAACUUGAAAAUUUUCUUAUUAGCAAAAACGAAACUUUUAGCUCGAAAUCUUUUAAAAGAUUUUAUGUAUGAAAGAUCUAUAAUUCGAAUAGAAAAUAAAUUGUGUUCCUUUGCAAAGCUGUCAGAAUGGUACACUUUUAUUAUUGUAAACACUUUUUACUCUGUUAUACUUUUUAGUUUAGAUGCAAUCAAGUUGAUUCAACAAAAUAGAAAUAAUGCGUUAGAUGCUGGUCACACUUACAAUCAUUACCUUUCAAUAUGAACUCCCUCGAAAUUCAAAUGUUUUUCAAUAGUAAAUUGUAACUUUCCAUUUUCCUAAGACAUUAAGUCCAAUUUCUAGUUUCCUAAUAAAUCGACACCCUGUAAAUUCUUUGAUCGACUAUAAUAUAUAUAUAGCAUUCAUAAUUCAUACCUGCAUUGACAAUUUGUAAAUGAUUUUAUAAGGUCUAUUUUAAAUAUUGUAAUCCUCAUUAAAUUCAUAUCAAAGUAGAUCAGAGUUUAAUUAGACUUCCUCAACAACAACAAAAAAACAAUUGGUAGCUUAAAUUUAGAUUUAAUAAGGACAUGUGGCACUCUGAAAUACCUACAUUGCCGAACUCAUUUGUUCAGUUUACUGAAUUUUCUUUGAACUUAAGAACUUUUUUGUAAAUAAAAUGUCGGACCAAAACUUUGGAAAAUGUAUCAGAAGACCGUAAAAUGCGAUUAUGUACUUUAUUUGAGUAUGAGUUUCGUUAAAAAUUAUUUUCAAAGGAAUUAAAACUGGAACCAAUGUUUGACAUACUUUCUUUGUACAUGGCAUUUUUUAACGUACUUUUUUAUACAUAAAAUAUCGGCCUUAAACUUGGAUAAAUGCAAAAGCCGAUAGUAAAUUACGUUUAUGUACGUUUUUGCACAUUCUGCAGAUAUUUAUAUAUAAAAAAAAGUUCUUAGGUUCAUAAAAAUUCAAGAUUGCAAAGAAAAUAUGUCAAAAAAUGGUCCCAAUUUUAAUUUAUUUGAGAAUAAUUUUGAGCGAAAUUCCUACUCAAAAGAAGCACAUAAACGUAGUUUAUGUUCUUCUGAUACAUUUUCCAAAGUUUUAGUCCGAUAUUAUAUUUGCAAAAAAAUUUCUUAAGUUCAAACAAAAAAAGCAAUGAAUUGAUAAAGUGAGGUCGGUAAUAGAGGUAUUUGAGUAUGUCACAUAUCAUUAAGGUAGAUCAAAAAUUAAAAAGACUGAAUUUUGAUGAUGCUAAAGCUAAAGUUAAAAAAAUAUAUGUUCAGUUAUUGAUGCUUAUUUUAUUGUUGGAAGCAAAAAUAAAGUUUAUAAUGUAUUUUUUUCUUUGAAACACCUUUUUCUUUUUUUAAAGUAUCUUAAUGAUCCAAUGUCGAAACACAUUUGAGUAUGUUUACUAAUAUAAAUAUUUAGAUUUAUCCCAUUCAAUACCAGUUGUUUGAAAAAUUCUAAACUCGUACGUAAAUGUGUUAAGGCAUACGCAAGUUUGAAAAUGGCCGAUUUGCUAUGAAAUUAGUCUAAAUCCAACCCCCCAAAUUUUUCCGGCACUGGAAAAUCUGUAUAUGUAAUUUUAUUUUUAAUUAGAUCAAAUUCAAUUAUACGUAUGUGUUCUGUAUUGGAUCUCGCAGUCGAUACAAUUUUGUAAAUUGUCGAUAAGAAAAAGUUGCGUCUGAAAAUAUAAGCAGACGAAAAUGUAGAAAGAGAUGGUUGAUAGAGGAAGCCACGCUUGACAAAAAUAUUUUUUUUGCACAAUUUCAACACUUUAAACAAAAUCGGUGGGAAGAUCCAAAAUUCUAAUACUUUAUUGUUCCUUAUUAUAAUAAGAAUUUGGCAAUGCAUUGCGGUGAACGGCGUGAAAGUGAAAUCUUGGGAAGACAAUCCAAUAGAAGAUAGAUCGAAAAUAUGACGUCUGACAUCUAUCAAAAACUUGUACAAAAUUUAUAAACCGCGCGUUUCACAUUUUUUUUCCAAGAAAAAUUUUCCGCAAUAAGUUACCAAAUACUUAUACUAAUAAAAAAGGAUAAGCUCUUGGAAUUUUGGGCCUUCUCUACGUUCUCGUUAAAAGUUUCGCUGUUGUGCGUGAUAACAUAUUGUUUGCAAGUGUGAUCAAGUUUCUUCUUUUUCGAAUGAACUCUGACGUCAGAUUUUCGAUCUUCUUUUGGAUUAUGUCUUCCCAAGAUUUCGCUUUCAAGCCGUUUGUCGCAAUGAGUCUAAAGUGUCGGCGUUGUGCAAAAUAUAUAUUUUUGUCAAGCGUGGCUUCUUCUAUCGACCAUCUCUUUCUACAUUUUUGUCUGCUUCCUCAGAAUUUAUGAAAUAUUUUCAGACGAAACUUUUUCUUAACAGCAAUUUACAAAAUUAUAUAUGCAUAUAUUUUCCUGUGCCGGGAAAAUUAGGGGUUUGGACUAGUUUUUUGCUUUCUUUAUUUGUACAGUACAUGAGGUUAUUCUAAUAAUUGACUAAACUAGUUGGUCGUUCUUGUAUCAAUCCGUCUCUCAUGCAAUUAAUAAAAUGGCAUUGAGGCUGAAUUUCCUUCGAAAUAAUAAGUGCCAAAAAAAAGUCUUUACAUGCCAUCGUUUGUGCGUACGUUUUUCGAUGUUCACAUUCUAUUCGAGUAGUUUUUGCUGUUUAUUGAACUUUCGCAUUUAUUUCCUUCUGAAGAAAGUGAAAUCUUCACUGAUACUUUUGCGAAAAACAUCGUGAGUCUUACUGUCGAAUUUGUAUAAAUAUUUUGAUCGGAGAGGUACCUGAAUGUCUACGUGAAAUUAUGAAUAUACAUAUAUAUAUAUAUGUGUAUGUUUUUUAAGCGACCGAAAAAAACCGAUCUAGAGGACCUAAGUGUGUAUAGAAUCGUUGUAUGUACUGUACGAAUCUGUUAAAUUAACGUAAUGAGUGUAUAUUUAUAUGUUGACCUUGUUCACUGCUAUCGAUAUAAUAUAACUAGUUAAUGAUGAGAGAAUUUUAUAUUUCCUGUUACAAUACACUAUACUGUCGAAACUGAGGUCGAAACACCACAUUUAAAUCAUUUCAUUAACUCUAUCCAUCUGAGAUUGUAAUUUUUCGUUUCAUCGAAAUGUUUCCCCUUUUGUGAAUAAAAAUCUAUAAUUUCUCCUUAGAACAAUAUUAUCUUUUGAUUUUCAACUAUAGGAUAGAUAAUAUGUAAAUAAGAACAUUAUAUUUGAAUUUGGAAUUAAAGAAUUUCUGAUAAACGU